AAAUACAUGGGAAGAGCCCUUACAGUUAUCUGGGGAAGUAAUUGUUGAAGAGAGGGAAACAAUGUGGUUGAUUUUCUGAUAGACGCUCACUGUCUCUCUCUUACACACAGACACAGUCCUGUGACUACAGCAAAAGGACAUAUGUUUUUUGAGAUACUUGGCGUACUGAGUGCUUUCGACAGCUGUGGGUGGGAUAGUGUACAACUAGCUGACUCACUCUUCAGGGGACUUGGGUGGAUUCCUGCUUCAGAGCCAAAAAGUUUUCUUUAUAGGAUUUGUAAUGAGUCAAAUGCAGGCCAGUUAAAAGCAAUACGAAUUUUAACCAGCAAGAUAUCAGGGUUCUGUGAGUUUUUCCCCCUGAUCUAACAGUAACAAAAACAAAACAAAAACUAUCUGCUCCUGGAUAUCAUUGUAAAAAGAAAAGUCGGCCAUCCAAGCAUAAGUUACCAGACAGUUACUCAGUUCUUGUGUGGAAUAUUCAAGAAAAUUUCUUCCAGAAUGGCCAGCUUGCAAAAUGAGCCAGAAAUUGAACUUUUUGUUAAGGCUGGUGUUGAUGGUGAGAAUAUUGGAAACUGCCCAUUUUGUCAGCGGCUUUUCAUGGUUCUAUGGCUAAAAGGAGUUAAAUUUAAUGUGACAACUGUAGAUAUGCGAAAGAAACCGGAAGAACUCAAAGAUUUGGCUCCUGGUACAAACCCUCCAUUUCUACUAUUUAACAAAGAUUUGAAAACAGAUUUUAUAAAAAUUGAAGAGUUUCUGGAGCAAACACUUGCACCACCAAGGUACCCACACUUAAGUCCACGAAACAAGGAAUCCUUUGAUGUGGGCAGUGACAUCUUUGCCAAGUUCUCUGCUUUUAUAAAGAACAGCCGCGAGGAUACAAGCAAAAAUUUUGAGAAAGCUCUUCUGAAAGAGUUUCACAGACUAGAUAAAUUCCUGAACACUCCUCUUCCUGAGGAAAUUGACCACAACAGCACUGAUGAAAUACUAGUCUCCCAGCGGAAGUUUCUAGAUGGUAAUGACCUGACACUUGCAGACUGCAAUCUGCUUCCAAAACUGAACAUUAUCAAGGUUGCAGCCAAGAAGUACCGAAACUUUGAAAUCCCUGCUGAGAUGACUGGUGUAUGGAGAUACCUGAAGCAUGCUUAUGCCAGAGAUGAAUUCACCCAUACUUGUCCGGCUGAUGAGGAAAUAGAGCGAGCUUAUGCAGAUAUAGCAAAGCCACUCCAGUGAAUGGAUAUCAUAAAUGAUGUACUGGGUCUUCUAUUCGUGGGAGGGUGGGAACAUCUAAAUGGAUUUUAAUACUAUGCAUACAUGUGAGAUAUCUUUUUUAAUUCUGCAAAAGAACUGAUUCUUCUGAUGCCUUCACUAAGAAAAACUUUUCACUUUUGGCAGAUUUUUAAAACAUGCACAUUCACUGUAAUAUGUACAUUAGACACUGACAGAAACUCUUUACUAAUUACGUUUUUCAAAGACAUGGUAAUCUUUCUUAUAUACCAUUCCUCUUUAUAAGCUGCCUGAUGUUUUUCUUAACAGCAUUGAACCCAGCAGAUUGUCGAUGUUAAGCGCUUUAAACAGAUUUUUGGUUAUUGAACCCUAUAGCUUUUAAUGCUUCUUUUACAGGAGAACUGGUUGACUUUUUAGCUCUUGUGUUGUAAUGAAAAAAACAUAUGAGGUGCUUCUUUAUUACACAUUAUUAACAUUGAAAACACGGUUGUAAUGCAAUGAUAUACAAAGGAGUAUAAAAGAGUUCAUAUCAAAUGCUAGAGAAAGCCUGCAGUUCAGCUUUGCAAUGGACGCAAUAUCUUGCUGCUAUUAAAUAAAAUAAAUUGUUACUGAACACA